CUGGUAUUUACAUCGCUAAUGCACGUGUUUUAGUAAGUGUACCGCCGCCAUUGCCCUCAGUGAAGCAACAAGCCGAGAGGUUGCAUUUAAUUUUGAUUAUAUUCCAACCAACAACUAAAACAAUCAUUAAAAUGACCGAGGAAGUGAACCCGAAAGCAUUCCCCCUGGCAGAUGCCCAACUGACGGCCAAGAUAAUGAAUCUGCUGCAGCAGGCUCUGAACUACAACCAGCUGCGAAAGGGCGCCAAUGAGGCCACCAAGACGCUGAACCGUGGUCUGGCCGACAUUGUGGUGCUCGCUGGGGACACUGAGCCGAUCGAGAUUCUGCUCCACUUGCCGCUGCUGUGCGAGGACAAGAACGUGCCGUAUGUGUUUGUGCGCUCCAAGCAGGCGCUGGGCCGCGCCUGUGGCGUCUCCAGGCCCAUCGUGGCCUGCUCGGUGACCACCAACGAGGGCAGCCAACUGAAGUCGCAGAUUACUUCCAUUCAGCAGGAGAUUGAAAGGCUGUUAGUUUAGGUUUAAGUGAAUGGUUUAAGCAACCAUGCGUACAAAGUCGUAACAUAAAUAAAAGCGUGUAGCGUGUAUUUUUCCAGUA